UGUUCUCAAACGAUGGAUGGAGAGCGGUUGUCCGAGGUAGAGUGAAAUAUAUCUACUGCUGCAAAUAGCUGCACCGAGUCAGCUUUAAACAGUUUUUAUUCGAAAUUAAGAAGUCAAGGAUAAGGAGUCAACACUUUCUGUAAUGAACGUUAUUUAAGCUCACCACCGUUAUUUUCUCAUUUCAUUGCGAACUUCAUUUUCUAGAUUGAACUCUGCCUUCCUCGAAUUGGCUCGGAGGCUGCCUUCUAAGAACAUUUAAACAUUAAUUCUGGGGAAGCUUUUUUUUUAAUAUAUAUAUAUAUAUAUAUAUACAUAUAUAUCAUAGACUAAUGUUUACCUACUGGAAUUAUUUUUUGUUAUAUUUUACCUGCAUUUGCGUUGUGCAUCAGCAUAGAAUGCAUUUGUAACAACGGAUUUUUAACGCUUGUUGGGGCUGUGCUUACAAUGGUAAAAUAAUACGGAAAUAUCCUCUUGAAUUUACAUUUUUGGUCUGAACAAAUACAACUAUUUGUUAGACUAAUCAUAUGACUGAAAAUAAGCAUGGAGGGGUCUCCUUUGAAGAUACUGAUUUCUCUCUGGUGUCCGCUCAUGAUUGCUGCCUACAGUGUGGAGCUAGGAACAUACGACCUAGAACGAGGGAGACCAGCCAAAUGCGAACCCAUAGUAAUUCCCAUGUGCCAGGGCAUUGGCUACAACAUGACCAGAAUGCCCAAUUUUAUGGACCAUGAAAACCAAAAAGAGGCUGCCAUCAAGCUGAAUGAGUUUGCACCUCUAGUGGAUUACGGCUGUGAUGUGCACCUUCGUUUCUUCCUCUGCUCACUCUAUGCCCCAAUGUGCACUGAUAAAGUGUCUACCUCCAUCCCAGCCUGCAGGCCUAUGUGUGAGCAGGCCAGGCAGAAGUGCUCACCCAUUAUGGAGAAGUUCCACUACGCAUGGCCUGACUCGCUGGAUUGCUCCAGGCUCCCGACCAAGAAUGACCCCAACGCGCUGUGCAUGGAGGCUCCAGAGAACGACACCAAGACGGAUAUCAAGAAGGGAGAGGACAUGCCUUUUGUUCCCCCUCGGCCCAGGCAACCGGGUAGCAGUAACGGGCGCUCCAUGGGCAGUCUGGGGUCCUGCGAGAACCCAGAGAAGUUCCAUUAUGUGGAGAAGAGCCAGUCGUGUGCUCCUCGCUGCUCCUCUGCAGUGGACGUGUUCUGGUCCAGACGGGACAAGGACUUUGCCUUCAUCUGGAUGACAGUGUGGUCAACACUCUGUUUUGUCUCCACGGCCUUCACCGUUCUCACCUUCCUCCUGGACCCCCACCGCUUCCAGUACCCCGAGCGGCCCAUCAUCUUCCUCUCCAUGUGCUACAACGUCUACUCUGUGGCCUUCAUCAUCCGCUCGGUGGCCGGGGCCGAGAACAUCGCCUGCGACCGGGAGAAUGGCGAGCUCUACAUCAUCCAGGAGGGGCUGGAGUCCACAGGCUGCACCAUCGUCUUCCUCAUCCUCUACUACUUCGGUAUGGCCUCGUCCAUCUGGUGGGUCAUCCUCACCCUCACCUGGUUCCUGGCCGCUGGUAAGAAGUGGGGCCACGAGGCCAUUGAGUCCCACAGCAACUACUUCCACAUGGCCGCCUGGGGCAUCCCAGCUCUGAAGACAAUCGUCAUCCUCACCAUGAGGAAGGUGGCAGGGGAUGAGCUGACGGGUCUGUGCUACGUGGGCAGCAUGGACUCUGGAGCGCUCACCGGCUUUGUGCUCAUCCCUCUGUCCUGCUACCUGGUCAUUGGCACGUCCUUCGUCCUCACCGGCUUUGUGGCGCUCUUCCACAUCCGCAAGGUGAUGAAAACCGAAGGCACCAACACGGAAAAGCUGGAGAAGCUAAUGGUGAAAAUCGGCAUCUACUCCAUCCUGUACACAGUGCCCGCCACCUGCGUCAUCAUCUGCUACUUCUACGAGAGGCUUAACAUGGACUACUGGAAGUUCAUAGGUCUGGAGGUCAAGUGCGUGUCGUUCCCCGGGCGCCGGAACGAGGACUGCUCCCUGGAGUCGUCGGUGCCCACUGUGGUGGUGUUCAUGCUGAAGAUCUUCAUGUCCCUGGUGGUGGGCAUCACCAGUGGUGUGUGGGUGUGGAGCUCCAAGACCCUGCAGACCUGGCAGGGCCUGUGCAGCAGGAAGCUGGCAUCAGACAGGACUAGCAGGAAGCCCUGUGGCAGCGUGAGCUGCAGCACACACUGUCAUUACAAAACCCCUGCCGUGGUGCUCAACAUGGCCAAGACAGACCCUUACUCAGACAGCCCCACACAUGUCUGACGCUGACAGUCAGUAUAUUACCAGUAUGCAGUUCAUUCAAUGCUCUGUCUAAACACAGGAAGCUACUGGGGUGACAUUGUAAUAUAUAGAAUAAGAAUAAGAUUGAGAUUGAGAGGAAGGAGAGAAGUUAUAAUUCAACUGUCCAUUGUUGCUUUUCUGUGCAACUUUCCUUAUUUCAGUAUUAAUGGGAAAUGUUCAGUAUUGCUCUCUAUAAACACACAAGAUGUGUGGACUGUAUUGCAUAGAGAUGCUCAACUGCAAUGCAGAAAAGGCCUUGCAUGGACAUUUUAAAGGAGAGGCAUUGUUCUCCCCCGAACUGGGUAUAAAUAACUACAUAAAUAAGUUUAAAUGUUAAACAGUCUAUUUAUUGUAUAUAUAUUUAAUUGAAGUUUACUUUGGUUUCUCACACGUUUUGAUUGGAGUGAACAUGAAUCCAUGAGGCUAAAAUAGUAAACUACUGAGCAUCAAGGAAAAUACAGUGCCUCUUAUUGGGUUCUUAAGAAUAAUACAAUUGGGUAUACAUUUGGUCGUGGUUUAUUUACUAUUAUUAAAUUGAGUGUGAAUCCUAUACAUUUUUCAAUAUGGCUUAGUUUCAUUGGAUUGAUUGAGAAAAUUAUAUUGAGACUUGGGAGGAAAAUGCAUUGACAAAAAAUAUUGAAUUUUACAAUGUCUUUGAUAAUAAUUUGGCUCUAUAAUAAAUAAAUAUAAUUCUUACAAAAUGAGAAGUUUGUUAGAUUAUAUAUGGCUAUAGAUAUCCAUGAUUCAUUCAUGUCAUUAUUCCAGGACGACCAGAAUUAAUCAGAUGUGCUAGACUGGUUGAAGUAGACUGUAGUAGGGUUAAUUCUGUUUUAGGUGAAGUAGACUGUAGUAGAGUUCAUUCUGUUUUAGGUGAAGUAGACUGUAGUAGGGUUCAUUCUCUUUUAGGUGAAGUAGACUGUAGUAGGGUUCAUUCUCUUUUAGGUGAAGUAGACUGUAGUGGGGUUCAUUCUGUUUUAGGUGAAGUAGACUGUAGUAGGGUUCAUUCUCUUUUGGGUGAAGUAGACUGUAGUAGGGUUCAUUCUCUUUUGGGUGAAGUAGACUGUAGUAGGGUUCAUUCUGUUUUAGGUGAAGUAGACUAGUAGAGUUCAUUCUGUUUUAGGUGAAGUAGACUGUAGUAGGGUUCAUUCUGUUUUAGGUGAAGUAGACUGUAGUGGGGUUCAUUCUGUUUUAGGUGAAGUAGACUGUAGUAGGGUUCAUUCUGUUUUAGGUGAAGUAGACUGUAGUGGGGUUCAUUCUCUUUUGGGUGAAGUAGACUGUAGUAGGGUUCAUUCUCUUUUGCAAAUGAAAGGUAGCCUAAUUCCUAUGGUAAUGCCAACAUGCAAAUAUCAACUGUAAUCAUUUGGAGAAUUGGAGAAUUUUUCUCAAUAUAAGGAUAAAUGCAACAGUUUAUAUUCCUAACUUUUGUAGCCUAAUACGCCCAUUUCUUCUUACUCCAAAGCCUCUUUGAACACAUUUAUCACAGGACAAUAAGGCCAACAUUUGUUGUUUAUUUUCCUGUCGACCAUUUGGUCCUUAAUUUCCUCUCCUGCUUUGAAGCAAUUUUCUACAGUGAGAAUCGCGUGCCAUAUGUUCAACUGCAUAUAAGCUAGAUCCUGGAAGCAACAUGGACACACUAUUCCUCAAAGAGAAUUGGAGAUGAAUAGAGGGGCAAUCCAAGUAGUCUCAAGGUUUGGGUCAUCAUCUUUAAAGAGAUACUUCCUGGUUUUGACAAUGAAGCCCUUUAUCUACUUCCAGUCAGAUGAACUCAUGGAUACCAUUAUGUCUCUGCAUCCAGUAUGAAAGAAGUCAGAGGCAGUUUUCCGAUCCAAGGCUAACCAGCGUUAGCGCAAUAACUGGAAGUCUAUGGUAUCUACUAGCAUACUAGCAGUUACCAUAGACGUCCAGCCAUUGCGCUAACGCUUGUUAGCAACUUUCUUCAAACUGCAGGCAGAGACAUACAAAGGGUAGGCCUAUUCAAGAGUUCAUCUGACUCUGGGGAAGUAGAUAUAGGGCUUCAUUGCCAAAACCCUGAAGUAUCCUUUUAACAUGCGGGAGCUGUUCACAGAGAAAUAUAUUUAAUGGGUGUGCUAAUCCUUUCCCUGAACCACUAUUGUGCCCUGUCCUCCUCUCUGUUUGAUCCCCAUGCAAAUACAUGGCACUUUGAUCCAGGAGGAGGAAUUUGAAGUAGGCCAUCUAGAUCUCAGCACUAGUCCAACGCUUUACACCUGAAUUGGGAGGAAAUUAAUUGACGAUUUCUAUUUGACCAAAAAGUUUCACAAAUGUCAUACUACAUGCUACAUAUUGGUCAUUGGUUGCAUGGCUUUGUCUCAGUUUGAAUUUGGCACAUUCAAGCCUUAUGUUGCCAGCAACUGUUCUCAGUAAAUUAGGGUGUCAAUGUCAAUUAUAAGCACACCCGAAUAUAAGAGACCAUUUGUUUCACAGCAGGCUUGCUGGGAUGCAUGGUGUUUGACAGUAAAUGUAAUUGUUUAUGUCUGUCUGUGUAAUUGUGUUCCGUGUCAGGCAACACGAGGUGAUGGCAUGGAAAGAUGUGAGGACCAAGAGUUACAUUUACAUCAGACUGCUGCUCACUUUAACGUUUAGAUUUUGUCAAGCUUUAUAGACGGAGGUGUUGUGUUGUGGUUUUUCAUUUAACCUUUGUUAGACACCAUCAACUUUAAGAUUACAGCAAUUUAACCAAAUCAUUUAAGUUGAGAAGACAGUCUUUGCAGAACAGAGUAUCAUAUUGUAUUAUAGUGUGUGUGUGUGGGCACAUAUGUAAGGAGGGAGAGGUAGAUGGGGGUUAACCUCUGUGUUUUCCUCGCUUGGCCAUUAUAGACAUUGUCCAUUGCUUAGCAGAGAGAGCUGAAGUCUUGACAUUGCCAACCACAUUUAACUAUCAAAAGUGAGUGUGAGUUUCCUUUGAAGCAUGUCGCUGGGACAGAAUAACUGGAGUUAAAGCCACAUGCACCAGUUCACGUACGGUUGAACGAGCUGCUGGCUUCCUCUCGGGAUUACGCUCUGUGACAUGACCCAGUGAGGUGAAACACUUGCUCUUAAAAAACAGCCAGUCCCACCUGUGUUUUCUGUGAUUAGAUAGGAACUGCAGUCUGUUUAGGACAAGGGCUGAGUUAGGAGAUAUGGAGGUACUUAAUGUAUUUGUGUUGCUAGACAGAGAAAACAAAUCCCCAAAGACAACAUGCGGUGAUUGGAGUAACAGGGAGCGUUUGCAACCGUUUGUUGUUUAUAAACCUUGUUCAAUGAGGCUUGUUCCAUGAUUGAAUGCUGUCCGAACAUGUUAGUGCCAGUAGCUUGUGUAUUUUCUAGCUGUCUCCAGAGGAAAAACUUGUUCAGACUCACAACACCACUGAACUUCUGUUACGAUUGUCUGAAUGAAUGGACCAAGGCCCAGCGUACUUAGAGAUCCACAUGUUUAAUAAAUAUGAAACUUGCCUCCCGGGUGGCGCAGUGGUUAAGGGCGCUGUACUGCAGCGCCAGCUGUGCCAUCAGAGUCCCUGGGUUCGCGCCCAGGCUCUGUCGU